AUUUUCUUUUUGAAGUCCUAAAUAGAGAUCUGUUCCCAUGAUGAGGCCUGUUGUAGUUUUUUUUUAAACUAGCUACGUGUACCUAGACUGCCGGGAGACGAGCAAAUCAUGACGUGUCAGGUUGCUUCCCGUUAUUUUGUAUUAUAACCCAAGAUGAAAGUUAAGGUAGGUAGUUAAAUAUCGUUACCUAGUUAUUCAUCUUGCAAGGAACACUGUUGCUUCACCAGCCAAAGUUUACUGGUCUUGGGCAGGCUUUUGCUCCAGCCCUACUCUAACCACAUACGAUUUUUACUCAUCUGAUUCAGCAACGCAUCAGGACCUUGAGCAGCUGAAUGAGGUGUGUUGAAAUAGGGCUGGAACAAAAGCCUGCACGCCCGUCAGUUCUCCAGGAGGAGGGUUGGCCACCAUAUGGACAAACUGAGUACAUGAUCGUGUUGAAUACAGUGCCGUCCUGCAAUGGAGUCAUCCAAGUUAGUGUUGAAUACAGUGCUGUCCUCCAAUGGAGUCAUCCGAGUGCCAUGUCUUUGUAGGACUCCGUUAACCUUGGAGGAUGCCUCGUCGACGGACAUCAGAAAGGCCUAUCGCAGGCUGUCGCUCACGCUGCAUCCUGACAAGAACAAAGAUGCAAAUGCUGAAACCCAAUUCAGACAGUUGGUGGGCAUCUAUGAAGUAUUGAAAGAUGAAGAGAGGAGACAGAGGUACAAUGAUGUCCUGGUCAACGGGCUACCGGACUGGAGGCAGCCAGUGUUUUAUUACAGGCGGGUGAGGAAGAUGAGCAAUGGGGAGCUGGGCUUCCUGCUCUUCCUCAUCCUGACCGUGUGCCACUAUGUAGUCAUCUGGUCCGUCUACCUGGAGAAGCAGCUGGAUGAACUUCUGAGCAAGAAGAAAAAGGAGAAGAAGAAAAAGACGAGUAGCAAGAGUGCUGAAGAAUCGCGUUUUAUCGGACAGGAAAAAAUAGAGAGGUCACAUGACAAACCUCAUUGGCAGGAUAUCCUGCCACUCAAGCUGAGCACUUGGCUUUAUCUCUCUGUCAAGUCCCUCCCCCAUGUCAUACAGGACGCCAAACAGUAUUACAAAGAUUAUAAGGAGAUGAAGAUCCGAGAGAAAGAGGAAGUGGAAGCCAUGGCACUGGCAGAACAGGAUGCUACUACAAUAAAAGAGAAACGAUCCAAAGUGAAGAAGCCGAAGUUUGAGUUCCCCGUUUAUGAGCCUUCCCUUACGGGCGCAGACAGCGAAAACUCACUGGCGUAUGACCAGGGAACGUCUAUCGAGGAGAUCGAAAGCCAGCUGGAUGACUGGCUCGAGGAUAAGAAGUCUCAGAAGAAGAAGGCUCCGGAGUGGUCAGAAGAGGACAUCACUCUUCUGACAAGGAGUAUGGCCAAGUUCCCUGGGGGAACACCUGGACGCUGGGAGAAAAUCGCCCACGAACUAGGAAGAUCAGUGACCGAUGUUACUGCAAAAGUCAAACAAGUCAAAGAUGGUCAAACCAACACAUCAGGGCUGGUGAAACUCUCUGAGCUCAAGGCCCAGGGCAGCAGCGCUUUCCCAGGAAAGGGCUCCAUAGCUGGGGCCGGAGCCGUACCUGACAGCUUAAUGACCCAGCGUGAAGACCCCCAGCCCCCGGCAGCAGCCAUGACAGAGGGGACAGAAUACAGCGGCGGAGGGGACGAAGAAGAGGGCAUCCAAUCCGGUGGUGUCAGGAGGAGAGGUAAAAAGACGGGGGGUGGAAGGGCGGGGGUUGAGGCUAAGGGACACAGACAGAGGGACUUUGACUACACAGCUGCAGCCGAGAAGGACAGCGGAGACGAGCAGAGUCCGCCCCCCUCUUCAGUCCCACAACCGUCCAAGGAGAAGGCCACUGCGGAGACUGACGACGUCUGGACCCAGAACCAGCAGAAGCUUCUGGAGCUGGCCCUACAGCAGUACCCGCGAGGCACCACGGAACGCUGGGACUGGAUCGCCAAGGUGGUUCCGGGGAAGAGAAAGGAGGAGUGUAUGAUUCGUUACAAACUUUUGGCUGAGCUGGUGCUGAAAAGGAAGCAGGCCAAGAGUUGACUCCCCUCAAAGACCGCCAUCUUGAAAUCAGUUUUCUUUUGGAUCCCCCACAAUGCAACAUUGCAGGGUGUGUCAAAACGUUUGGCAGACCCCAGUUUAAGUCGUGUGUACACAGUUUAUUGCCUAAUCUAUCCCCUUUUCCUGGCUACCCUUCAAUGUGAUCUAAAAGGAUGGAAGGAAAUAUAAUGAAUAAUACACAUACCAUAUGGUUGCUUCAACCUGUCUGGUUAUUUUAUCUCUUAAAAGGACAGAAGAGGACCUGGGAGAAGGGACUAGGGCCCAUCGUCUCAUGUCUGUCAUGUGCCUUAGCUCCGCCCAAAGCAUGCCAUCCAGCCUCCUCUCUAUGGACUGCCAUGUGAGGAGUGUUCAGCACACCAACAACAACAAAAAUAUCAAUACUUUUUUUGCUGUGUCAUUUUAAAUCGCACAUGUACUGAAUAUAACUUGAAGGAAAUAAAUGGUUUUAUUUAUUUACAUGGA